UCUAUCUUUAAUAGAGACGUAAUCAUUUUUGCUUUAAAAGUUACAUGAGUCACAAAUCAUCCCUGUCAUGUGAAGCCAGACUCAUCACAGUUGGAAGAAAAAAGGUGCCCCAAAUGAAGUUUGCCACAGAUACCUGAAUCAUAAUACUGUUUGGAACUGAAAGACAAGAGGAUUCUACCUUCUGGAGCAUAGAUAUCAUGGAUUCAAAUUCCAACACUGUGGUGGUGACUGGUUUUGGUCCCUUCAGACAAUUCCUGGUUAAUUCUAGCUGGGAAGCAGUGAAGGAGCUGUCCAAGAGAGGCCUUGGUGAAAACAUUGACCUGCGGAUCAUGCAGCUGCCAGUGGUUUACCAAAAGGCAAAGGAACAAGUCUGCAAGAUAUGGACAACUCUUCAGCCACUGCUUACAGUUCACGUUGGGCUGGCUUCGUCCAGCACAGCGCUCAUCAUCCUGGAGCAGUGUGGGAAGAACAAAGGCUACCAGGAGAGGGAUGCUUGUGGUUUUCACCCAGAAGGUGCCUGCUGCGUGCUAGAUGGCCCAGAAAAGAUUGAAUCUGCAAUUAAUAUGAAGACUCUCUGGAAAAAUGUCUCAGUGGAAGGGAUUGAUAUCAUCCUUUCCAGAGACGCAGGGAGGUACAUCUGUGAUUACACCUACUACACUUCUCUGUAUUAUGGCAAUGGAAGAGCUGCUUUCAUCCACGUCCCUCCAUUAUCUGAGUUGGUAACAGCAGAAUUUCUAGGAAAAGCAUUACAGACCAUUAUCUUAGCAAUGUUAGAACAGUGUGGGGAACAAAAAAAGAUGGAUCACAGAGGGGAAAAAUGA